UUGAAACUCUGCUUAGAUGAUCAUUGUCAAGCAACAAUGGUGAGGAGCAGAAAGAUGCCUGUGGGCCAUCAUGAACAUUGUGACAAGUGUCACAAUGCCCACUGUCAAUUCCCGGUGCAGAUCUCUGUGUCAUGUGUGGUCGUCAAGUGUCGUAAAAACUGUGGUGCCAUCUUUCAUUUGUGCAAACAAGAGGAACAUCAGCUUCUCUGUCCCAACGAGACAGUCCCCUGCAUCAAUGUCAACUACGGCUGUCCUCUCACCAUGCUGCGCCACAGGCUGGCCAAACACCUGGAGGUGUGCCCUGCCAGCGUGGUCUGCUGCUCUCAGGAAUGGAACCGCUGGCCUGUUUCAGAAACCGAUCUGACCUUUUAUAAAAAUGUUUUAGAAAGCCCUCAAACUGAGCUAAACCUAGAUGUUGCUAUGGCACUCAGGGACCAAGAGCUGCUGUUUCGAUCCAUCAAAAUGAAGAACAUUUUUCCUGAGUUGAUAGAGAAGGAAGCUGCCCUUCAGGUAGUUACUGCUGGGGCUAACAGUCCUGCAGAAGAUGCAGCAUGUUCUUUAGAUUGUGGUGAAUUUACAGAAAAUGGCUGCACAAGCAUGGAGGAAAUAGAACUGAGCCAAGAGGAGAGAGAUGCUCUGGCAAUGUGCCGGGACGUGGAUGGUAUUCAGAACUACAGCUCCUGGGAGAAAAUAUUCAACAAGGAUAUGGCGGGAUGCAAGCAAACUGUCAAAAAGCUGAAUGAGAAGGAGGAGAAGGCAAAGGAAGAGCAAGCAUCAUCAAACAGUCAGGGGGAGCCAAGAGACUCACACCUGAGCCAAGAGAAUGCUGCUGCAGCUUCAAGCAUGGAUGGUAUUACUGGCCUUGCGCCAUGGCAAGACGGGGUCCUCGAGAGGUUAAGCAGGGAAGUCAACAUUGCUGAAUACAACAUGUAUCUGGUGCACAACGGAGCAAUGCUGAUCAACUUUGGCCAACUUGCUGCUUGCACCCCAAGAGACAAGGAUUUUGUUUAUGGGAAACUGGAGCCCAUCGAGGUCAAAACUGUCCGCACAUUCAAUGUUCCUACCAGCUAUCGAGCAAAGCGCAGUUAUCUGAAGGACCCUGCACGGAAGGUCAAGAUCAGCGUGAGUGUUGACACGGCAGAUUUGGGCGUGUCAGUCGAGGAUCUUCCAAAGUGUGACGAAGUUAGCGCCACGCUCCUGAACUCCCUUGAAAAUGAACUGAAGGGGCAUUUAAUCUCAGAGAGCGUGGGCAGAGAUGGCCUCUAUGUAGAUAUAGGAACACAAACAUACAGCUUUGCCUCUGCUCCAUUCAAGGCAGAUGCAUCGCUUGCUGAUGUCAUCGCAGACAAACCGCCCGGCCUUCAUGUACACGUCGAAGCAGAAUCGAUCACCAGAAGACACAACAAAAGAAGUUCAGUUUUCAGCUACAUGUGUGGCCACUUCUUCCGCCGUGAUGAAUACUGCUCUCAUUUCAGGAAUGUGCACUCUGACAUCCAGGCCUCUUUAAGCGGCUGGUUCCAACAACGCUGCCCCUUAGCAUACCUCGGCUGUGCUUUCACCCAGACGAGGUUUCACCCUGCAGGUCAUCAGGCUACAAUCAAAUUCUGUCAAGAUGUCAGCGCCUUUGUCCUCCAGCCAGAAGUCCCUUCGUUUCUCUGUGAAAGCGGGAAAACCUUCGGCACGAAGAGAAAUGGUGCACAUAAUAUAGAUCCCCUGAGCAGCCUGCCCCUGGAGAUCCUUCAACACAUUGCUGCUUACCUUGACAGUUUUACAUUAUCUCAGCUGGCCCAAGUCUCCCAUCUGAUGAGAGCAGUGUGUGCCACAUUGUUGCAGGAGAGAGGGAUGGUGUCCCUCAAGUGGAAGAAAAAAACAUAUUCUCACGGGGGCAUUUCCUGGAAAUGUCGAAAGAAAGUUUGGGAGUUCAGCUCUCUGUUUUCCUCUGUGGACAAAUGGAGCUUCAGCAACACUCCUUCCAUGUCAGAUCACCUGAAAACCUGCUCCUUCUACCAGAGAGAGGAGAAGACUGAGCCGGUGGCUUUACCCUGCCUGGGAGAGGUCAGAGACAUACAUGGGGAAGUAAAGCAUAAAAGAUAACUCUCAUAGUCCCAGAGCUCGGUGGGCGGACCACAACAUGAGCGAUGCCCCGUUUAGAAUCACUCAGUCGUGAUAUGUAUCCUCCGCAUAUACAGCUACUCUAUAGAAACUAAAGGGAAUUCAGAGCUGCUGUGUGAAGCCCUGUGGACAUAAAUGUGAAGAAUUUACUUUGGCAUAAACUGCAGUUUUUUAUUAUUUUGACCCAGUUUAUGUAAUCUAUACUUUCUUGUUAGGUCUCCUCUAACUGUUUUGCCUGUUAGUAGGAACUAAUGAUUCAAGAUGUAUCUUUCAAUGUAAUGGAUUGUUUUAUUCACAAAUGUAUUGCUAUAGUGUAUAGAGUAGUAUAGAGUGGGGUCCCUAUAUCGGGGAUGGGCAACUGGAGGCUCGGGGGCCGCAUACGGCCUGCACCCUCACUUGAAGUGGCCCUCAGUACAACUACAUAAAUUUGAGCAUGAAAUCUUUAACGUGCAGUGUAAAAAUGCACAAAAUUACUUCUUGCAAUUAAUGUUGGUCUGCUGUUCUUGCACUGAAAAAAAAGAAAUCACAGUAAGUUGUUAUUUUUUAUUUGCUUCAAACCUUUUGUAUUCAUAUUUCUACUGUUAUAAAUGCAAUUGAGCAUGAAAUAUGUUAAGUUACUGCACUGUAAACAUAGUUAUAAUGCAGUUUCCUCAUAUCUGGUUAAGUCCACGGUCCUAUAUGUGGCCCUGUGGUAGUGCUGGUGAAAAAUUGUGGCCCCCUCCAGCAUUUAAGUUGCCCAUCCCUGAUCUAUAUCAUGUAAUGCAAAACUACUGAGUGUUGUUUAUUCCAUCCUAUUUCAUUGUUGUGGUGGAAAGCAUUACUAGGGCAGCAGAUGUUGACUGUUUUUCUACAUGACAAGACUGACAUCUACUGGAGAGAAGCUGAAGAACCUCAUCUGUGUGGAAUGAGGGCACUUCACACACCAUAAAACAAGUUUGGUAUUUGAAUGCUCAAUAUCACAUGUCCUACAUGUCAAAUUUGUAAUGAGGGC